AUGGACAGCCUACAUGGUAAGCCAAAAAAUCAGCAGGCCAUGGAUUGUAAGAGUGUAGCAUUCAACCAACCUUUUGAUGGAACAAAAUUUGCCCUGAUGAAAGAUGGUUUUGCAUCACAUUCCUUACAACCAUCUUUCAAAGCUUUUGCAGUACCUCUUCCACCAGAGUUAGAAGAUGAAGACGUGAUGAUGGUGGAUAACAUGAUGGUGCGAAAGCCUAACUAUGACCAGAAGGAGCUGAAGAAACAGUGUUAUGGAAAAGAGGACAAGGCAGCAGAACAUACAUUAUACAACCAAUAUGAGGAAAAAAUCCGACCCUGCAUUGAUCUCAUCGAUAGCCUAAGAGCUCUCGGAAUAGAAAAAGACCUGGCUUUGCCUGCAAUUGCAGUGAUUGGAGACCAGAGCUCUGGGAAAAGCUCCGUCCUAGAAGCCCUGUCUGGUAUUGCUCUCCCCAGAGGCAAUGGUAUUGUUACUCGAUGUCCUUUGGAACUUAAACUGAAAAGAAUACCUGCCACCCAGGAAUGGAAAGGGAAAAUUCGUUACCGUAACUUUAACAUAGAGCUCCAGAAUGCCUCUGAGGUGGAGAAUGCAAUAAGACAAGCCCAGAAUGUUGUGGCAGGUACUAAAGGUGCCAUUAGUGGAGAACUAAUUUCCCUAGAAGUUUGGUCACCAGAUGUACCAGAUCUGACACUAAUCGAUCUUCCUGGAAUUGCCAGAGUGGCUGUGGGGGAGCAGCCAAAAGACAUCGGGGAACAGAUCAAAGUACUACUUAAAAAAAUUAUUUGCUUCAAAGAAACACUCAAUUUGGUAGUGGUGCCAUGUAAUGUGGAUAUUGCAACAACGGAAGCAUUGAAAAUGGCUCAAGAGGUGGACCCCAGUGGAGAAAGGACACUAGGCAUCCUCACAAAACCUGACCUGGUGGAUAGAGGAACUGAAGAGUCUGUCAUUAAGAUAAUAGGAAACCAGGUCAUCCCCCUUAAAAAAGGUUACAUGAUUGUGAAGUGUCGUGGACAACAGGACAUCCACAACAAACUGUCCUUGGCCACUGCAAUCCAGCAGGAGAGAAAAUUCUUCCAGACUCACAAACAUUUCAGCAUUCUUCUGGAAGAAAGAAGGGCUACUAUUCCUUAUCUGGCAGAAAAGCUCACAAAUGAGCUUGUGGGACAUAUUAUUAAAACCUUGCCAACGCUAGAGAACCAAAUUCGUAUGGCACUCCAAGAAACAUUACAGGAUCUACAAAAGUACAAAAGAACUGCACCCACAACAGAGUUCGAGAAGCUGACUGUCCUCACCGAUUUGAUCAAACUCUUUAAUCAAGAUGUCUCUCAGACAAUGCGUGGAGAGGAAUGGUUGGUUGGAAAUGAAGUCAGGCUGUUUACAAAAAUCCGCAAAGAGUUCCGAACAUGGGAGGCAGUUCUCCUAGAAUGUGCUGCAAAGGUUAAAAAAAAUGUACCCAGUAAAGCAUGGAAAUAUGAAGAACAGUAUCGUGGACGGGAGUUCCCAGGUUUUACCAAUUACAGGACAUUUGAGGACAUUAUAAAAGAGCAGAUCAUAGAACUCGAGGAGCCAGCCAUUGAGAUACUGAAGAGGGUGAUCGGACUGGUUGAAGAGAAAUUUAUGGAAUUCGCUAAAAGGCAUUUUGCCAAUUUCCAGAACUUAAACAGAGCUGUUAAGACCAGAAUUGAAGACAUUAGAGAAAAACAAGCAGCAGAGGCUGAAAGACAUAUCCGGACCCAGUUUAAAAUGGAGAGAAUUGUAUAUUGCCAGGAUAACCUUUACAUGAAUGAUUUAAAAUGUGUUAAUGGAGAAUACUUCAGUGGAAAGAGUCGCAGGGUGGAUCUGGUUUGCAACAAGAGCCCUCCUUUGUCCAGGAAAUGGUUUCUCAUACAAAGGCCUACUUCUAU